AUUUCCGCCCUGGAAACGGCCUGCUUAUUGAUAACCACUAUGUCGUGUGGUGUAUCGUAAGCCGAGCUCUGACUGGCCUAACUCUCGGCGCUGCGGCGCCGAUGGAUGUGGUACGGGUACAUAAGCUUCUCUCGAUGGCGAACCUAUCAUUCAGUUAACCAGCUCGAUCAAACAGCUGCAGCAUUCGCCGCAUUCCCCUGAGAAGAAUCAGCACUUUCUCCUGAGUUGAGAGUUCCGUCGCCUGGCAUUGACCCACUCCUAAACAGGCCCUCCUGAUCUCUUCCCCAGUUCUCUCAGAGCCUCGCAUUCACUCGAACGUACGACAAUGGCGCGCAGCAGCAGCAGCAGCAGCAGCCGCAGCAGCGGCCGCACCGGAUCCGCGGUAACCCUCUCCCUCUCCCUCCUCCUCCUCCUCGCCGUCUCCAUCCUCCUCCCCGUGUCCCGCGCCGACGGCUCAUCAUCCAACGGCUCAUCAUCCAGCGGCUCAUCAUCCGACGGUCCGGACGGCCCGAAGAAGGUGGGCAAAUCCGCGGGGUCGAUCACGAGCGUGGUGAACAACCCGAAGCCCGACGGGCAGGGCGAGCAGGACGACGGCUUCCGCGCGGACGUCCCCAAGGUCGUGCUCGCGCAGGAAGAGCCUGGGGCGACGUUCGUCGACACGACGCAGGACUCCGUCGCAAUUCCCGAUGUGAAGAAGGCCGGGUGGAACGCCAUGAAGUGCCCCGCGCAUCUGCCGGUGCCCGGGCAGGGCGCGUGCACGCCUGCGAACUGCAGCAAGGGCGGGAUCCCCGCCAAGUGGAAGACGUCGAAUCUGCUGAAGCAUAAGCUGGGGAUCGAGGUGUACGUUAAGGGGAAUCCGUUGACGGUCAAGAAGGCGUCGCCGCAGACGUGCUGUAAUACGUGCGCGGCCACCCCGAGGUGCACGUACUGGCAGUACAUCCCCGACAUCACCAUCGACGGCACCAAGACCCCCGGCGCGUGCUUCCUGGUGCACGACGAGAUUGACUACACGUGCGGGCAGCUCAUUGCGCAGUAUGCCACGGAGAGCAAGCCCGUGCACCUGCAGGUCCGCACCGGCGGGGAGUGCAACGACGCACCCGGGAUCCUCAACGACCCGCACCUGGUGGGCGCGCACGGCACGCACUUCGACUUCAAUGGCCGCCCCGACCGCUCCUUCUGCCUGCUCACUGACCGUGACCUGCACGUGAACAUGCUGCUCCGGGGGUACUACGAUGAGCGCACCGAGGGCGCAGCUCUCGUGGUGGACGGCAAGGCAGUUCACACGUGGAUCAAGGAGGUCGGCAUCGUGUGGACGGCCAAUGGCGUGGACCACAAGGUGCGCCUGGCAGCGCGCAGCGGCAAGCAGCAGGAGCGCGGUGACGGCUUCAUGAAGACAAUCGAGAUCGACGGGUCCACCAUCCGCCGCAUGGCCCUCGGGGACUCCGUCUCCGCUACAGGCGGCCUCACUAUCACCUUCAAGGAUCUCGAGCAGGAGGGCCCGUUCGACGUGGACUACUACACUCUCACAAUCGACGGACUCGUGUCCCUUGACCUGCGCCUGCGCAUCGCCAACCCGAAGCUGCAGACCGCCACCGAUGCUGAGGCGCAUAUUAACGUGGGGAUCGUGGAGCUGGAGCACACGGACGAGAUCCAUGGCGUGCUGGGGCAGACGUACCGCGAGGACCACGCGCAGCGCGCCGAGGAUUUCCAGAAGCUGAUUGCGUUGCUGCACCAUCCGAUCUCGGCUGAUGGGGCGAGCGGGCAGGGCUUCCUGGACGGAACCCCGCGGUCGUACGAGAGCAGCUCUGUGCUCUCUGUGGACUGCGCUCACACCACGUUCGCCCGUGCUAAGGAGCUCAGCCCGGUGGCUGACUAUGGCAUCUAGAGGGGGUGGUGAGCAGUGGACGGCUGAGGCUGUUCUGGAGACAGAUGCUGUGAUGUGAGAGGGCAUCCAUCCAGCCAUGGGUGGAAUGUUCUCCUGUGCAAGGUGCAAGGUGCUGGAGCAAGUCAUUAUACUUAUGACACAUAUACUCUACUGCACUUUCCUUUAGGUGGGCUGCUUGUUUUUUUCUUUUUGCUUGUGUUCAUUUAGUGGGCUGUGGUGGGUGGGCUGCGAAAUUUUCAGUCCUGGCUGUAUUAUAUCCCGUCAGUAAUAUAUGUCAAAUUAUAUA